CUUCACCGUGAUCAAGUCCUCCACCUCCGGCAUACUGUGCCUCCUGCUCGGUCCUUAGCAUCAUCUGUAGGGCUGCUUAACAUGGAUCAGGAAUCGUUCAGGAAGUUCCUCCAAACCCCCAAAGCAACUGGUUCGAAUACAUCGACUUCUCGCGGCUCUCUGCUCGCAGCCGCUGCCAUUAAGUCAAAGCAAAAGGCUGUAGAAGCUGGUCAGCCAGCGUUCAAGCCACGGACAGUCAAGAAGAAGCCCCAAGGGUUACAGCCAUACCGUGACCGGGCCGCAGAACGACGGCUUGGGCUUGAUGGCGACUAUGCGCAGGUCGAAGCUCUCGCCGAGGACUUCGAGCGCAAGAAUGCUGAGAACGCCGAUCGCCAAGCUGUAGAAGAACAGCGGCGAUAUCUUGGUGGCGAUAGCGAUCACUCUGUCCUCGUCAAGGGCCUUGACUACGCGCUGUUCGAGCAGAAUCGCGCACGAGUAUCGGCGUCGGCUGCUGCAGAGGAUGAUUCAUCGCUUGAGCAAGCCUACCUGGAGGCAUCCGCCAGCGUACCUAAAAAGCGGACGCGUGAGGAGAUUGUACUAGAGCUCAAAGCGAAGCGAGCAAAAGGAACGACAGCGAGUGAGGAUACAGAGAAGAAAGUCGCGGCUUCUGAUGCCAGCUUGGAGGAGGCAAAGAAGGCAGGUAAGUUCAGGCCGAUAGGCUUCAAGUCCACAGGCGAGUUGAACGAGAAGUCAAGAAAGAAGAAAGUGAAGAGGACGGCAGUAAAAGAGAAGGAUGAUGGGACGAAGAAGAGAAAGGCGGAUGUUCCCGACGCUGAGACACCGUCCAUACCAUCGACAGCAGCGCCAGAGGCCGGCCCUUCGGAAUCCGCUCCUGCUCUUCCGCCUCCAGUAGCGAAGCCUGAGCAUGAGCCGGAACCAUUCGAUGAAGACUUCAACAUUUUUGCAGACGCGGGAGAGUACAUAGGCGUGGAGAUGGGCGACGAUGAUGAGAGUGAAGAUGAAGCACAGAGCGACGAGAACGACAAGCAUAAUGAUCAAACGAAAGAGCAGCCUCAUUCCAGAGGUCAAUGGUUCGCCAUUGAAGAGGGCGAGCGUAGCCCCUCACUGACGGAGGUUCCUGUCGAGCCAAGUCCACUUGAAGCUACUCAUCCAGAGCAUGCACCUCCGCCUGCUGUUCUGUCUGAUCAUGAGGAAGGACAAGAGGAGGAAGAGCAGCAGCCGAUGCGCUUGCAGCCGCUCGCAUCUUCCGUGCUGCCGUCUAUCAAGGAGCUCUUGGAGAUGGACGCAGCCGCAGGCAAAGCAGGCAAACGGCGUGCAAAGAAGGAGAAGAACAAGGAAAAGCGAGGAGCAGGAGAAGGUAAAGUGGACAAGGAAAAGAUUGAGAGGGAUUACAAGCGUCUCAAGGCAUAUACGGACAAGAAGGCUGCUGCUGGUGGAGCUUGAAUACCGCAGCAGCAUAUGGGGCUAGCCCACACAACAUUAGACGUAGCCGUACGGACCUUCUCUUACCAGAUGAUCAAGGGUUGUAUAGUCCGCCUUUGCCAAUUUAUCAAUUGUAUUUGAGAGAUGGAGCGCAUCGACUAUACAAAUGGGAUACACGGUGCAACGGUGCCACG